AUGAACAACGACUACGACUAUCUUUUCAAGCUCUUGUUAAUUGGAGACUCUGGGGUUGGGAAAUCCUGUCUUCUUCUAAGGUUUGCCGAAAAUACGUAUACACAAGACUAUGUUUCUACCAUUGGAGUUGAUUUCAAGAUCAGAACCAUUGAGUUAGACGGCAAGACCAUCAAGUUACAAAUCUGGGACACUGCUGGCCAAGAGAGAUUUAGAACCAUCACGUCUUCCUACUACAGGGGGGCACACGGUAUCAUUAUUGUCUACGACGUCACUGACCAAGAGUCGUUCAACAAUGUCAACCAGUGGUUGCAGGAGAUUGACAGGUAUGCUACGAGUAGUGUCCAGAAACUUUUGGUCGGUAACAAGAGCGAUUUGACCGACCGGAAGGUUGUCGACUAUGCCGUUGCCAAAGAAUUUGCAGAUGCAAGGGGGAUUCAGCUCUUGGAGACUUCUGCAGCAGAGUCUACAAAUGUCGAGCAAGCCUUCAUUUUAAUGUCUAAACAAAUCAAGGACCAAAUGACUUCUGAUGCACAAACCACGGCCAACUCCAGCAGCAAGCCGCACGUCAGCUUGGCGGGAACUGCCGUCAACACCAACCAAGGCGGUUGUUGCUAA